CCAGUAGGUACCAGCUCUGACGUGAUCCCUCUCCCUCGCCCUCCAUCCAUCCACCUCCACGAACCUCACUGUUGCUGUAAAGCGCCCUGAGAUAGCCGGCAUGCCGCGACGUCCACCGGCUGUGGAUGACUACGCAUCUGCAGUGCCUAAUGUCAUUCUUGCAUCCACCGACUCCGACUUCGUCGACCAGUUGAUCCCAGUCCUGAAAGACGCUACCCACUCAAAUCGAACGGCCCUCUUGAACCAAUGUCUCAGUCGGUACUAUGAAGACCGCGAAGCAGAUAUCGAACGCAUCGGACUUACGAAACAUGAGGAGUUCCUCGACUCUGUCAACCGCCUCCAACAUGUUCGCGAGGGCACCGUCACCCUGACUGCCGAAAUCCUCAAACUCAACCAAUCCAUUCAGUCCAGCACCGAGAAGUUGGCCGAGCAAAAGGGCGCUCUUGUCAACACCAAGGCUGUCCGUCAGAACAUUGCCGACGCAACAGACGCCCUCAAAGACUCCCUCAAGAUCCUCCACGCCGUCAACAACGCCCAUGAUCUAGUUCGCCGCAAGAAGUACUAUACGGCCCUCAAGUCUCUCGAAGAUCUGCAAAAUGAAUACCUCGUCCCAACAAUCCAGAAUCGCUACGCCACCCAGCACCGGCUGGCCGACGUCAUCCAGAAAUCCAUACCUGCCUCCCAAAAAGCCAUUUCCGAAGCUGCAAUGACCGACCUUAAUACCUGGCUGUUCCGUAUCCGUGAAACCUCCCAGUUUCUUGGAGAAGUGGCCUUCUAUCACACUGAACUGAGAAGGUCACGGCAGCGAACAAGGGUGGAAGAGGACGCCUUCCUUGCCAACUUCAAGCUGAACUCGGCCAUCGAACUUGUCAGUGAUGAAAACGAGGAGUUUGACGUGUUGGACAAUGAGGAGCUUCAGGUUGACUUCACGCCGCUCUUCGAAGCUCUCCACAUACACGAGGCACUGGGCCAAACGGACAAGUUUCGUUCGGAGUAUGGUGCUACCCGGAGACAGCAGAAGGAUUUGCUUCUCCCCAGUUCGGUUGACCUCUUGGCAGAGGAUGAGUCGUCUCUGAGUAGUUUCUUGGAGGGCAUAGCUGGAUUCUCCAUCAUUGAAAAGGCGACCAUGCGACGAGUGCCCCACUUACGUUCUGCGGCCGACGUUGAAGAGCUCUGGGAGUCGAUGUGCAGUGCUGCGAUAAAGCUGACAUCGAAGGCGCUCAAUAGUGUGACCAAUGCUGAGGUUCUGCUUAAGAUCAAGGGCUUCAUUGCCUUGUUUAUCCAAACGAUGGAGGGCUGGGGAUACACAGUCUCGAUGCUUGAUAAUUUUCUUCUUAUCCUCUUCGACAAGUAUGCCGAACUCUUGAAGCGCCGAUUUAGCGAAGACUUUCAGGAGAUUGUUUCGACUGAUGACUAUAUGCCGAUGGCCAUUAACUCUCCCGAAGAAUAUGAGAAGGUGGUGAAUGUCAGCUGGUUUACGCAGGAGAAACCAGCAGACGAACUCACAUUCCCCUGCGUUCUUCCAUUCUCUCAGAUGUACCCGCUCUGCUGUAUCGACAUUCGAAACUUUCUCAACCAGUUUUACUUCUUCUCCGAUGAUCACUUCCAACACCCAAAUGUUAUCGACGAAACCCUGAAGAAGUCUUUAGACGAGUUGCUCACCGAAAAGGUUUGCCAGUCCUUGGUCGAGCGCUUAAGCUCCCAAUAUCUGGGGCAGAUAGUGCAGAUUCUCAUCAACCUGGAGCAUUUUGAGAUAGCUUGUCAAGAGCUUGAACAACUGUUGAUCCGGGCGCGCUCAUCAACCUCAGCAGGCGGACCUCUCAAACUGAGCGCCACUGAACACUUUAGGAACAAUAAAAAAACCGCAGAGAAGCGCAUCUUCGAGUUGGUCAACUCGAAGAUUGAUGAUCUUGUGGACACGGCAGAAUACGACUGGACGGCUCCGACGGUAAUGAGUGAACCUAGCAACUACAUGCAGACUCUAACCCGCUAUUUAUCCAACAUUAUGGGCUCAACCCUGUUGGGUCUGCCAAGGGAGAUCAAGGAGUUGAUCUACUUUGAUGCACUGAGUCAUACUGCAAGCAAGAUCCUGGCGCUACCCCUGUCACCCGACGUGAAGCAUAUCAACCCCAACGGAGUCUCAGCUCUGGCACAUGAUGUGCAAUACCUCACAGAAUUUGUCGACAGUCUCGAAAACGGCCAGAUGCUGCGGGAGAAUCUCGAUGAGCUCCAACAAACGAUAAACUUACUCCAAUCCGACAACCAUGAUGAAUUCUUUGACAUUUCCUCACGGAAUAAGAAAUAUGGAAGAGUUGAUGCUCUCAAUGGGCCGAUACUGCUGGAAAAAUUGACACCUGUUACGCAGAGUCCCGCUAGAAGCGCGCCGCUGGCCAACUUCUCCUCACGAUUUGGUAUGAUGAAAUGAAAUAGAAACGAGACAGAAAGUCAUUCCGGAGCUGCCAGUGCUAGGGCAGCAAAUACAACAUCAGAUUUCAAG